AUGGAUUCAUCCCCCCCAGAACCCAGGGUGCCCCCUGACCCUCUGCAGCUCUGGCAGGAGGAGAACCAGACCCAAGGCGGGCUCUGGAACGGCAGCCAGGAGCUGGGGUGGGAAGAGCUGGAGAAGAUGCUCUUCCUCUUUGCAAAGGAGCCAGUCACCAUCAGCCUCACAGUGAUGUACUUGCUGUCCUUUGUGGUGGGCUUCGUGGGCAACAUCAUGUCCAUCAGGGUGCUGACCCGCAAGCGCCGUCGCGUGUCCAGCCUGAGCGCCACCCGCAGCCUCCUCAUCAACCUGGCGGUGUGUGACCUCAUGGUGGUGUGCAUCUGCAUGCCCAUCACUGUGGGCAACCUCAUCUACAAAGCCUGGGUGUACGGGGACUUCCUCUGCCGGGCAGUGCCCUUCAUCCAGGCUGUUUCUGUCUCCGCCAGCGUCCUCAGCCUGACGGUCAUCAGCGUGAACCGGUACUACAGCGUACACAACCCGCUCAACGCCCGCUCCUUCUUCACCCAGAAGAGGAUCCUCAGCACCAUCCUGGUGGUGUGGUUGCUGUCCUCAGGGAUAUGCAUGCCCCUCAUCUUCAUGAACAAACGGGAUGAGAUUGGGGUGGUGGAGGGCUUGCCCCUGGUGUUUUCCAUCUGCAGGGAGAUCUGGCCUCAGGAGAGGCUCAAGCAAGCCUACAACUUUCUGCUCUUCUGUGCCCUGUACUGCCUGCCCGUGCUGUUCAACAUGGUGAUCUGCUUCCUCACGGUGAGGCGGCUGUGGAGCCGUAGCAGCCAGCUGAAGGAGAGCUCUGCCCUGAACCGAUCCCUGCCGGCCUCCAGGCUGAAGAUCCGCAGGAAGGUGGCACAGAUGGUGGUGGCCCUGGUGCUGCUCUUCGCCAUCUCUUGGCUGCCCGUCUACCUGAUGGACAUCUGGAUUGAUUUCAACAUCCCCAAGUCUUUGCAGGAUGUGACUCCUUCUCCUUGGAUCCUGCAGCUCAGGCCUUUUGCCCAGUGGCUCGGCCUCACCAAUUCCAGCCUCAACCCGAUAUGCUAUUGCUUUGUUGGGAACCUCUACAGAUCAGCCAAGGAAAUGAAGAGCAAAUACCACCAAAGGAUGGUCUCUCUCUUUAACUUCUCUCUGUCUGAAGGGACACAUCAUUCCUCAGUCCCAAAGCUGCUCUCUUACCGGAGUUCAGUAGAGCCUGCAAGGAAAGGACCCUCCAGCACCCCCUCCAUGGACAGGAGAUGUCAGGGAAGUCAUGGCCAUAAGAACAAGUGUGGACACUUGAACUCCUGCCAGCAUCCACCUCUGAAUACUGUCUCCAGUGAGAACACUUCCUUGUAA